AUGUGCUCCAUGAUCCGAAGGUUUGUCCAUCUAAUUGUUCACGAUGUCAAGGGUGGGGCUGGUGGUGGUGGUUACGCCCUGCGGAACAUUGAUACCAAGCCGCUCUUUGCGGGUAUUGGUGGUGGCAGCACGAGUAUGGCAGUCACUACUCGAUUACCACGCCCAGCUGCCUUCUUUGAGUCUGCUAACACGGACAAUAACAAUCACACAGAGUUUUUCCUCCUCGGCAGCAAAAUUGUUAGUGUCAACAUGAACCGGCGCACAGUCUUGUAUGACAGUUUGACUUCGGGUAUAUCUGGUGGACCUGACCUGCGGCAUUGUAAGUUCGUCCACCCUGCCUGGGCAGCAAUACGAGGCAAGCUCUACAUCACCAACAUGUUGCCACACAACUACGGCAAGCCCUGUUUAGAGGCACUGCGUUUCGACGACGAGCUUGAGGAUUGGCUGUGGGAUCUGCUCCCCUCGCCGCCCUUCUUUGACGAGCCGUUCAGGAGUGAUAACACCAUACAGUGUUACGCAGCCGGGGAUGAAGAGAAGAUGUGGAUAUCAACAUUGGGCAGAGGCACCUACACCUUCGAUGCCGCUACUGCCACAUGGUGCAAAGAAGGUGGCUGGACGCUGCCUUUUGAAGGCCGAGUGCAAUAUAUACCUGAGUAUGGCAUCUACUUUGGAUUCUCCAAGAGAUUGAACAAGCUGUGCUCGGCUGAGAUGAUCGCUGGAGCUAAGGCCUCGGAGCCCCCGGUGCACAAGCAAGUAUGGGACAAUGUUGAUGUUUACGUUGGUGAGGGUUGGCAUUUGGCCCAUUCUUACCUCACCUAUCUUGGUGAGGGCAAGUUCUGCGUUACAAGGUUCUAUGACACUAGGCGUGAAUGGGAUGACUGGUGCAUUCCUCUGAGCAAUGUUGCUGUCAUGUCGGCUCUCGAAAUGAGACUUGAUGCCAACACAGGCGAGCUCAAAAUGAUCAGAGGGGCUUCCACCCGUUACAAGUUCCCCGACGCAGUGCACGGCUGGGCUCUGUGA